AUGGCAGCCAUCGCACCAAUUGUCAGCAGUUUCUCGCUCAUCUUUGGAGGAUGUUGCGCAAAUGUCUAUUGUCUCGAGGCAAUCGUAAAACAAGAGCCUAAUAGCGGUUUGCUGAUCACGCUGUUUCAAUUCGUAUUCACUUGUCUCUCGACAUUACACUACCAAUUCGAUCCCAAUGGUCGUUACUAUAUGAGGAGCUCACCAGUACCAUUCCGGAAGUGGUGUGUGAGCGCAGCUUUGUUCUUCACAGUCAACAUGUUGAACAACUGGGCAUUUGCUUUCAACAUCUCGGUUCCGGUCCACAUUAUUCUCAGGAGCUUUGGUAGUGUCACUACCAUGAUAGCUGGGUGGAUGCGUGGCAAGAAGUACACACCUUUGCAGGUUUUCUCGGUUGCAGUCUUAACGCUCGGUGUCAUGGUUUCUGCGUGGGCGGAUGCUCAGUCAAAGGGCAAAAACCUGGAGACGUCAAGCAGCAGCAUGUCAAACUCGUCGCUACAGGCUGGUCUUGUGGUCCUACUAAUCGCACAGCUGCUUUCAGCGUGGAUGGGAGCUUAUGUUGAAGACAUCUACAGAGAUCACGGAAAAGAUUGGCAGGCCAACCUCUUUUACUCACACUUGCUGUCUAUUCCGUUUUUUGCCGGAUUCGCCCCGACCCUGACGCAGCAGUUCAACCGUCUGCAGUCAUCGCAAUCAUUUCAGGUGUCUCCCAAGAUGGCCGCCUCUCUCCCGCCGCUGGUUAGCACGAUUCUCGCAUCAACAUCCCAGCACAUCAUAUACCUGACUGCCAACGCACUCACGCAAUUACUGUGCAUCACUGGUGUCAACAUGCUUAGUGCAAACACUUCUGCUGUUACCGUCACGAUUGUGCUCAACAUCAGGAAGCUGGUGAGUUUCUUACUGAGCAUCUGGCUAUUCGGAAACCACAUGAGCGGACUAAUGAAGGUGGGCGCCGCGAUGGUGUUUGGAGCUGGAGCACUGUACGGGUGGGAGACCACGUACCGUAUACCUCAGCAGAGGAAGCGUAGCUUCAAAGAGCCUCAGCCCAACAUGUCCUCCUCACCUGCUGGGAGCAUCCGCCAGCGAGCAGGCAAAGACAAGAAGCGACCUGUCUCACCCAACCCAGAAGCCCUGUCUGAGAAGGUUGAGAAGGUUGCCAAUGUCGUCGCAAAGGGCAAGCCCUACAAGCCCGCGCAGCAGGGCAGCGAAUGGGACUACAGGCUUGCCAUCACCAUCAUGACCGUCCUCGCCUUCAUCACUCGCUUUUGGGGCAUCAGACAUCCCGACCAGGUUGUCUUUGAUGAGGUCCAUUUUGGAAAGUUCGCUUCUUACUAUCUGCAACGUACCUACUUCUUCGAUGUCCACCCACCGCUCGGAAAGCUCCUCUUUGCUUUUGCUGGAUGGCUCGUUGGAUACAAGGGCGAGUUUCUCUUCGAGAACAUUGGUGACUCGUACAUCACCAACAAGGUUCCCUAUGUCGCAUACCGUGCCAUGCCUGCCUCGCUCGGCGCCCUUACUGUUCCCAUUGUCUUCAUGAUCAUGUGGGAGUCCGGAUACUCGCUACCUGCCUGCGUCACCGCUGCUGGACUCAUGCUCCUCGACAACGCCCACAUUGGCCAGACGCGCCUUAUCCUCCUCGAUGCCUCCCUCAUCUUCUUCAUGGCUCUCUCUGUGCUAUCUUACAUUCGCUUUUACAAGGAAAGACAUGCACCUUUUGGUCAGAAAUGGUGGAAGUGGCUCCUGUUGACUGGUAUCAACCUGAGCUGCGUCAUCUCCAUCAAAUACGUUGGUGUAUUCACUUUCUUCUCGAUUGGUGUCCCGGUCUUGAUUGAUCUUUGGGACUUGAUGGACGUCAAUCGACGACAGGGUGCAUUGACUCUAGUCGAGUUUGGCAAGCACUUUGUUGCUCGUCUUGUCGGCCUGCUUAUUGUCCCCUUCUUCCUCUACCUCUUCUGGUUCCAGGUUCAUUUCGCCAUCCUUACUCGUUCCGGACCUGGUGACGACUUUAUGACUCCAGAGUUCCAGGAAACCUUGAGCGACAACGUCAUGAGCCUUCAGUCUGUUAGCAUCAAUUAUUAUGAUGCCAUCACCAUCCGCCACAAGGAGACCAAGGUCUACCUUCACAGCCACCCAGACCGCUACCCACUCCGAUACGAGGAUGGACGUGUCUCUUCUCAAGGACAGCAAGUAACCGGUUACCCCCACAACGAUACCAACAACCACUGGCAGGUCCUUCCUUCUACUCCUCUUCCAGCCGAGGCUGGCCAGCGCGUCCAGGUAGGCGACGUAGUUCGUCUUCGCCAUUUGGUUACCAACACUAUGCUCUUGACUCACGAUGUCGCAUCACCUUACUACCCCACUAACCAGGAAUUCACGACUGUGAGCUUAGAGGAUGCCGCCGGUGCGCGUUACAAUGACACGCUUUUCCAGAUCAAGGUCGACAAGGGCAAGGGUGACUUUAAGACCAUGUCUACCCACUUCAAACUGAUCCACGUCCCCACCAAGGUCGCCAUGUGGACCCACUCCAAGCCCUUGCCAGACUGGGCCUACAAACAGGCUGAGAUCAAUGGAAACAAGGCUGUUCAGCAAUCCAGCAACGUUUGGUAUGUCGAUGACAUUCCUUCGCUCCCGGCCGAAGACGAGCGCAACAAGAAGGAGCCCAAGAAGGUCAAGCACUUGAGCUUCUUGAGGAAGUGGGUCGAGGUUCAACGUGCCAUGUUCCAUCACAACAACGCCCUUACGAGCUCCCACCCCUAUGCAUCGCAACCUAUUUCCUGGCCUUUCCUUCUGCGUGGUGUGUCUUUCUGGACCAAGAACGAUACCCGCCAGCAGAUUUACUUCCUGGGUAAUCCUAUUGGAUGGUGGCUUGCCUCUUCGCUUCUGGCCGUCUUUGUCGGUAUCAUUGGCGCAGACCAGCUGGCUCUCCGCCGUGGUAUGGAUGCUCUCGAUGACCGCACCCGCUCUCGUCUCUACAACUCGACUGGUUUCUUCUUCCUCACUUGGGCCGCUCACUACAUCCCCUUCUACAUCAUGGGACGCCAGCUUUUCCUUCACCACUACCUCCCCGCGCACUUGGCCUCUUGCCUCGUCACUGGCGCGCUUGUCGAGUUUGUCUUCUGCAUCGAACCCCAGGAUCCUGAAGUAUCUAGUGCCGUCAAGGGCCAUCGCCGAACUCCCUCCCGCCCCGUUCGCGAGCGUAUUGCUUCAUCGAGUCUCAUUGGCAGCUGGAUUGCAACGGGCGUCAUUCUCGCCGCUGUCUUCUGGUGCUUCCUCUUCUUUGCGCCGCUUACGUACGGUAACCCGGGUCUCGACGUUGCUCAAGUCAAUGCAAGAAAAUGGCUCGGAUAUGAUCUCCACUUUGCUAAAUAA